AUGAAUUUCGAAGUAAAAGGUUCAAACAGUAAACAACCUCGACCAGAUAGACCCAAUAAUAAUACUAAUACAGCUCCAACAAAUACAAAUAGAAAUGCAACCUUUAGAUCUCCGACGUACCAUAAUGCUUCUGCUAGCGAAACAGAAACAGAUAUUGAAAUUGAAAGUGCAGGUGAUGAUACAGAUGAGGAUGAUAUAAGGAAUAUGGAUACAUUCGCAAAUACAAAUCGUAACGCAAUGUCAAAUGUAAGAACUACACUAACGUCUAUCCACGACCAAGACAACGUUGCAGGUGGCAAUCAUAACGACAAUAAUACCAAUGAUAACAAUGCUAUUAAUAACAAUCAUACCAAUAUUUUAUCUGAUGAUGAGGUGGAGGGCGAUGGUGAUGCCGAUGGCGAUAAUGAUGAGGCUGAUACCACUCCAAUUGCCUAUGUUGCUUCAGGCAAUGCCAACACUAAUGAGUUAGAUUUACUUGCGCCUGUCAAUUCUCAUUCAAUCUCUCACAUUCGCAGAUUAUCAGAUCCAUUCCAUAAUAAAUAUUCAACGAAUGCUAUCAAUAUCAAUAAUAAUAAUAAAAAACCAAACUAUAUUAAUAUGACUGGUAAUAUUCAACACCAUGAGAAAAUCAACAAUUAUACAAUAUAUCCAACAACAGUUCCACCAUUUGCGUUAACCAAAGAAUUUAUUCAAACAAAACAAAUUAAUGAGAAAUACGUUGAUAGAAAUAUAACAAGAAAUCAAUUAAAAAAUAAAGAAUGCAAUACAGAUAAAUUUAAAGAUCCAUUUUUACAUAUACCUGAAGUUCAAUGGGGGAAAUAUAUUGAAAAUAUUGGUUCUAAUAUGACUUAUUCUAAUGAAAAGAGAAGAAAUAGUGUAAAUUUGCUUGCAUAUGAAAAUGGUGAUAUAGAUUCAAUUGAUUUAGAAAAACAACAAUCCUUUUAUCAAUACCAACAUAAUUUUAAAUUAAAAGAUUUGUCAGAUGAAUGGGGUGGUGCAAAAAGAUUGAAUCAAUUAUUUGAUAAUGUUAUUAUGUUAGGUGGUAGUAAAAAUGAAUUGACGUUUAAAACUGCUAAAGAUCGUAAAGAUUGGAAUAACUACGUGGCGAAUGUGAUUGAUUAUAAUUAUAAUAAUAAUAACGCACCAAAUGCAGCAGAUAUAAACCUUGAAAGAAGACAAAGUAUGAUAAGCCGAUUAACAACAAUGAGUGGCGAUUUAGAUCUUGAAGCAGAUGGGGCAAGUAUUAGCAGAACAAGUACAAGUAACAGUAAUAUGACUGGAAGAUCAGGUUGGGGGUUAGGAAGAAGUAGAGGGCAUGAUGGUGGAGUUAAAUCAAAGACUAAAUGGUUAGAAGAAAUAAAUAAAGAUCGUGAAAAAUGGGAUAAGUUAAAGAAUAAGAAAAUAAAGAUUUGGAAACCCAAACUUAUCAAACUUUUAAUUGAUAGUCAAUAUACUCCUUUGGCAGUACGUAUUAUGACCUGGAUAUUUGUCAUUGUAUGUCUUGGCUUAUCUACAAGAAUUUACGCUAAUGUACAUAAUUCUGAUAGACCAAUCCACCAACGUGCAAGUACUAUAUUGUCUAUCAUUGUAUCUACGGUUUCAGUCGUUUAUUUAAUAUUAAUUGCAAGAGAUGAAUUUUCAAGCAAGCCGCUGGGAUUAAGAAACCCUCUAAUGAAACUAAGAUUAAUCCUAUUGGAUCUUUUAUUUAUUAUAUUCUUUAGUGCGACACUAUCGCUAACUUUCGAAACAAUGACAGAUAACCGAUGGGUAUGUAAAGGCCACGAUGAGGAAAUUGGUAAAAUGCCGUCGACAUGCAGAAAGCAAAAGGCAUUAGCAUCAUUCGAACUGAUUACACUAGUAAUGUGGAUGUUAUCCUUCUCGAUUAGUAUCUUACGUAUUGUCGUCAAAGUCAGUAGUAAUCUAGGCAGCCAUUCAAAUGAAGAUGAAGGUCAACAGUAUAUACCCCUAAUAAGCAGCACUCAUCGAUAA